AAGGAGCUGAAGAGGAAGACAAAAACACCAGGACAAGGAGAGAAACACCUGCUGUGUCAUUUACCUUUUUUUUUGUACAGGUUCUGCAACAAGAGAGAUGGGUCAGUGGAGCUGCAGCAUCCUUGUGAUAUCUUUUCUUUGUGGAGCUUUUAUCAGAGAAAUACACCCUGCUUUCAUACUGGAACACAAAGGCUCUCUGAGACAUCUUCUAGCGGAAGAAGAUCACACUGAUGGUAACAGUACUGAAAUUGGAAGGGCAGCCAAUACAGAUGAGAGCCCAAAGUCACUGGAGUGGUCUUAUAUGGCUGCAGCACUGGGCACAGUCCUCACCAUCUCACUGCUCAUUGUGAUGGCAGUCAAGUUUCGCCUCUUCCAUCGAUUCCUGGCCAGCUACAGACACUCCCUGCUUCAAGAGUCUGAUGGCAUCAGCCAAUAUGGUCAAGAGGAGGUGUCUUUCCCUAACAACAUCUCAGGUAGAAUCGGAGUGGCUGGAGGGACUGUGAAUGGGCUGGAUGAAGAUGAUGAUGGCUUCAUUGAGGAUAACUACAUUCAGACCAGUGAGAAAGACAGGGCAGAGAGAGAAAGAGAGGAGGAGGAGGAAGGGACAGAUGACAGCGAUGAUGAUAUUCAGUUCACUAUAGGGUGAUAAGAUAGAGGGAAACUUCAUCAAAAACAGCUGGUGUACAGCUAAGAUGAUAUGGCACUAUGGAGAGAUCUUGAUUAUAAGUUUAAAACAAUGGCACCCAAUUUUUUUUUUACUCUUGACAAUUGAAAAUGAAACAGUGUCCACUUGCAAUCACAGCUUGUAUAUGUCUACGAACGUAAGAGUGAGAUCCCUUCAAAAGUCUUAUAUUGUUUCAUUUAAAUAAUUCUUAGAAGCUGAACAGGCAAAAUUAUAUCUGUGCAUUGACAAAGAAUACUAUAAUUUGGGGUCAGUUAUAAAGGUACUGUAAGUUUUUGCUAUUGCUUCAUGCCAACGUUAGCAUUAACAGCUGUUCACUAACAGCUUCAGUCAUUGUUGCAUUUUCAAGACAAAAAGUUAUGUCCUCUCAGUAGGCUGGAUGGUACAAUGACUCUGUAUCACAAAGUUGUGUUAUGAGGCACACCAGGACAGGGCUAGGUGGUUUUCAUGCUAACUGCAGUAGAAGAGGCGACAUUAAUAAAAGCAGAACAAGAAUUGACACUGACAUUACUUUCCACUGCUGGAGACAGAGCUUGGCAAAUAAAGGAGUAAAGUUUUAUGCUGAACUCACAACAUUUCUUCUAAAUUGGUAAGUACAGUUGUUACUACUAUAAUGCUAACAUUGCUAAUAUUCUGAUAGCAAAAACUUACACAUUGCACCUUUAAAGACGUAAAUGAAAACAAAUUUGUGUGUGUUUUUUCAGUUUAUCAUUUUGUGGCCUCUAAGAUUACAUUGUGACCCUUUGGAGUGGGCCCAGCCCCUAGUUUGGGAACCACUGAAAGUGCACAGUAGGUGUAAGUUAAAUGUGAAAGUUGAAUGAGCCACAGUUGCUUAAAACAUUACAAUAAUAAUCCAACUUCUGUCCAAAAUGAGCAAAUUCAAUAGUAUGAUCUGAUAAAAGUAAUGAAAAGCACAUAUAAACAUUGUAUAAACAGAAGUAAAUAGAUUUUUAAAAUCUACUGCACGUCACUGAGUUCAUGUGAGAAUAGUGCAGUAGGAAGGAAAAAGAAGAGAUUAUCUGCAUUCAGACUGAUUACAUCUAUAUACCUUCACCUUUGUUGUGUUAGAAGAUCUAGUAAGUCGAAAUGUUGCCUGUCACAUAAUCUUUACUUUUUCCUUUUAUGCAGAGUAGAAAUUGUUACAAUUAAAGCUAAAAUCUGUUAUUAUCUGUAUUUUAAUUAAUAUACUGUGUGUACAUCCACCUGUAAAUUGACUGUGAUAGCACCAGUGAUAGCACCAGUCAAUCACUUGUGUAAGGAAAGUAAGUUAUGUGUAUGGUUGAUAUUUUGGCUCAACAACAAAAAGAGGAUACAACUCGACACUGUUGUCUUUGUUGUAGUCUGAAUGUGCAGAAAGUUACAGAUUUCAGCUUGAAAGUGUCCAGCGUUUGUGAGACCCAGGAACUUCAUUGUAUCCAUACAAGAUAAAAUUAAAAAAAAAAAAAAAUCCAUGUAUAGUCUGAAACCUCUUUGUCUGAACAAGCAAAUCAUGAAUAAAUUAAAUCUGAUUGAAAUUCUA